CAUCAGUGGUAAACUAUUCAGUUUUGUGUUUUGCCAAGUUGGAGUCGAUCCGAAUUAGACUCGCUACAUGUGUUUUGUGCGGUAAGCGUCAAAAGUGUCGUGAUCAUUUAUUUUAUGACUCGAGAAGUGCUGGAUAGUAAAUAGUUUUUUACGUUAAAAGUGAAAAAUGAUACCGUCGCAGACCGAGCGCCGUUUGUGGCGCGUGAAUGCGUUUAUUAGAUACCGAUAGACUUUGAAAGUUGUAAAUAGUUUUAAAAACGAGGCAAGUGUGGUUUCGUAUUGGAAUAUUUGUGCAUCGCUGGUUUUUAAUUGUUAUUUUCCCGAGGAAAAAAAUAAAAUGAUUGUGAGUUAUCGCGUAAACGAUGUAAAGAUCUGGUGUUAUCUCCUGAUGUUCCUCAUAUUCAAUAUGGGGUUCGUGGAGACGAGGUUGGAAGAAAUGGAUCCGCGGCCACCAUCAACGGAGAAGCCUAAGCCGGAGGCACCUCGCGUUGAGCUGAAGAAGGGUAAAUGCUUUCACAUGUCUCGGGAGCAUUGCCCCACUGAUCCUAAGUGCACGCGCGUGGAUCCCGUCUCCGUGUUUUGCUGUGACGUGGACAGUUUCAGACUGAAAGAGGCGCUUGCUAUUACAAUGACACAGAAUACAACUAAUCUCCACGUGCUGAACGCCACGAUAGACGAGUUGGACGUCUCGCAGGCCGUCUUCCGUCGCCUCACCUCCAUGGCGCUCACCGAUGGGAACAUUGGCAAGAUCGUCGGUCAAUUCCCAAAGUACUCUUCGAUCGCGUGUCUCAAUAUUUCCAACAACAAUCUGAGCAGCGCGACUCUUCAGUCAUCCAUCCAGAGACCGUUCGCCUACCUGUUCACCCUGACGGUCCUCGAUGCUUCAGCCAACAAUCUCACAGAGUUCCCGUUAAGUUUGGUUCAGAGUAACAGAAAGAUUUCCGUGGAUUUGUCAGGUAACAAUUACCUCCCAUGCAAGCAUUUCCAGAAGGCGAUGGAAACUAACAGUAGCUCACUGGUGACAUUUCUCAACUACGAGCGUACAUAUUGCGCCCUCGACCUGACGUUUAACUGGUUCAAAGACGUGCAAGUUGUCCAAAUCGACCAUCUACGAGUUCAAGAAGAGUUGAGUGCCAGUUGUCGUAAUAUACGACCCGCUAAUGCGAACUGCACCUGCAUACCCGAUCGGCUGGAACUUCUGGGGGGUGAGGUCACCAAUUUGGUAGCAGUAGACUGUUCCAUGCGACAUCUUAAGGUCAUGCCCACUAAUCUGCCGCCCAACACGGCCAAGUUGAACGUUUCAUAUAACAAUAUCACAUCACUCCAAGCGGUGUCCGACGACCCGACGUACGAGCACCUGAGGCAGCUACUGGUGGACUAUAACGACAUUGCUAGCAUCGUGGAGUUAGAAGGCACCAAGUUCAUAGAUAACUUUAUGGUAUUUUCUUUAACCCACAAUAAACUUAAAACGAUCCACACGUACGUAAUGUCCAAUUGCUUCAUAACGACGGGACCUUCGUUCCUGAUCGGAGGGAAUUACAUACACUGUGACUGUAACACGGAAAAAGUUGUAAAGCCGUGGCUUCUAGAAAACUACAAGAAUAUACCAGACUUAAAGAGCCUGCAAUGCGAAGAUAGCAUGGGCCCUGUGGUUGAUCUCAAGGAGUAUCAGGUCUGUCAUACGCCCAGGGAUUGGACGGACUACAUCUACUACAUCAUAGGCCUGGAGGUACUAGUUCUGGUGCUGCUUAUCAGCAAGGUGUCAUAUGAUUACUGGGUCUUUAAAACGGCCGGGUAUCUGCCUUGGCCGGCUAAUAAGAUGCCGAGAUUGCCUUGUGACUGGUUAUGCGAAUGAAUUUCAACUUUGAUUAGUAGAAAAGCGUUAAUUUUUGUUUAAUGUUAGCAAUCGACAAACAUUCUUUGUUUAUCGAAAAAAAAUAUAUUCUUGAAAAAUAUUUAAAUUUACGUACAAAUUAUAAGAAAACGGCCAAUUAUAUGAAAGCGGAACGGAUACAUUUUGUAUGUUCAUAAUCUCAUAAUAUCGUGAACAGAUUUCUCUUGAGAUUUUUUGUGAUAAUAAUGCUACCUUUCCAAAAUUAAGUUAAGAUAAAAAAACACUCAUAUCAGCCCCGCAAUUAGAGAGUUAAAUCUUAUAAUGUUUCAAUAUGCUACGUUAAUUCAUAUCGUAAGAACAACUCUUAUUAAUAAAAGUAAAUGGUGCCUUAUGUGCUUUGAUAACCCAAAGUGACUUACCGAAUUGGUCAUUUUUCUUCAUUGUUAUUAUUUAAUUUUAAAAACUUUAUACAAAAUUUGACCUUUUUAUAACUCAAGUGCAAUAACUAUUGAACAGACAUUUUUAAAUGUUUCUGUCAACUGUACAUAAAGAUAAUAUUAUUUAAUUUAAAUAACAUAACCUUAACGCAUACUCAUAUUAAAAGUUUAAAGAUUGUAUUUUAAUGCGUUCCACCUAAUUUCAGGCUAAACAGUUAAUUAUUAUUACAUAGUUUAAGGUUGUGUGAUAAAAAUUAACUAACUUCUAAGAUUUUUCCGAAUCGGGACACGAAUUUGAUAGUGGCGCCAUCUCUCCUCCAGGACGUCAUCCUGCAAACACUUAAGUUUUUGUCAAAAUCACAUAAAUAAUAAUUUCUGGAACAUAGUGGGCUUGACAUUAUGCGUAAAGAUUUUUCCCAACAUAGUUUUGCCCCGGACCCGAGGCUGACCGUAGUCACUAUAAAUUUAUCUAUUCCGAUCCAACUUUAAACUUUUAAUAUGAUUAUUAAUUAACAAUAUUUACAUAAUAAGAGACAUGCAUAUAAAUAUGGGAAAUAAAAAGACAGCACGACAUUAGUGUUGCUACUUGUAAAUAUUUAAUUUCAUAGUUUAUGAUAGGUUUUAGUUUUUACUGUCAGAUAUUUUUGUAACAGUUAUGUUAUAUAGUUAACAGGGAUUUAUUGUAAGCAAAAAGGGUCUAUAUACAAUUAUUACCGUUUCGAAUAAUAAUAAACGGGGAAGUAGAACUUUA